GCGCUCUGUGUGAAGAGAAGAUCUCAAUUCUCCCAAUGCACGCUGCGGCUGAGAUGUACUUGGCGCGCAUAUGUUAACUCCUAUUUUACGUCUUGGUAGUUAUCAAAGGGGAGAUCUGUUGAAUCUGGUAGAAAUAGAUCCGUUGGAAUUGAAGUACCAAACAGCUCCCUCCACUCUCUCUCGCUCGCUCGCUGGCUCGCUGAAAUCUGAAUGCAAAGAGAUGGCCACUCCUAAACCGGGAAAGAAACAUCAAUAUCAGCUUCACCGCCACGGUGGAUGGUGGAACCGGGCUAGGAGAUUUUCUAACCAGAAACUCUUUCCUUUGCUUCUGAUCCUGGCCUUCUUAGCUAUAACCCCUCCAAUAUUUUUACAUUUCAGACUCAGGCGAUUUCAACAGAUGCAACUGAGGAAGUGUGGUUGGUUGAGGGAACCUCCCCUUGUAUGUGCUCAUGGCGGUGAUUCAUCCAAGGCCUUUCCCAAUACAAUGGCUGCAUAUCGUAUUGCUCUUCUUUCUCAAGUUGAUUGUAUUGAGAUUGAUAUUUCUCGUUCUUCUGAUGGAAUUUUGUUUGCUCUCCAUGACAGGCAGGGAUUUGCAGCGGAUAUCCGGUAACAACACUGUAAAAGUUGGAAAUUUAAGCAGUAAAGAGAUAAAAGCACUGAAUGGUGGAAGCCAUCAGUACCCUCAAGAGUUUCAGAAUGAAGGAAUCCCUACCACUGAAGAUGCAUUGGGGUUAAUAUCAAGGUCCGUUCGCCAAGUGAUUCUAGAUGCAAAAGUUGGGCCUCCAUCAUAUGAGAAAAGGCUAGCAGCAGACAUUAUUUCAGUUGUAGAUGGAAUGCGAUGCAAAAAUUGCCUUAUUUGGGCUAAAAGUGACCUUUUAGUGAGAGACAUUAUCAAACUUGCACCAGAUCUAAUGGUAGGUUACAUAGUCAUGAAGGACCCUUCAACUGGUGCUCGAACCAACUUAUUGAGGAUGAGAGAUGCGAAGGUUGUUGGCAUUUACCACCAUUUGGUUGAUUCUAAACUAAUGAGAAUACUGCACGGGAGAAACAAGAAGGUAUAUGCUUGGACUGUCGAUGAUGAAGAUUCCAUGAGUAAAAUGCUGUAUGAGCAUGUAGAUGCCAUUGUUACAAGCCAUCCUAGUCUUCUUCAGCACCUUAUGCAGCAAAUUAGAACAGAAUGCCUUGAGGAAGGUUUCUCUAUUCCAUGACAAAAUUCAUUUUGGUCUAAAACAAUUUCCUGAUUUAGAAUGAAAAUUCUUGCACAAGCAAUAUGUUAUGGCUGCAAGGAAAAUGCCCAGAGGCUAAAUGCUUUUAUGAGCACAUGCAUAACAUCCUGAAGUGUCUUCUUCCUCUGGCAGUAUGUUGCUUGGGAUAUAGGCAAUACUUUGAGUUCAACUAUGGUGCAUUCACUAACAUUGGCUGCACGUUACACCCAAAUCCCAACUAAUCGCAGACUAUUUUUCAUUAAUCCACGUUAAAGUAUACUUUUGCGUUUAACAAAGUAUACUUAUUAUUACGUUCAACUAGUCACAUCUUUUGUUGCAUGGUGCAUGUAAUAGAUUUUGCUUACUUUGUUUAGGGGGAAUUUUAUUCUUGGCAGUGUCAAUUGCUGUUAAUUGUAGCUAUAUUGUUUAUGGGAACAUUGUGUUUCUAAUUGUGACAUCUGUAGCUAUAUUAUAUCCAUAUACCUAUAAUAAAAGGGAAAUUGCAGAU